AUGUCAUCAUCAUUGCCCCUUCAACCACUCCGUCCGGGUGGACCGACCACUUUCGAGCGCGACGACCCGCACCCCGAGUCCUCGGCGCCGACCGGACCUCAUCUCGAUGGAGGAUUCGGAUGGGUCAUCAUCUUCUGCGCUUUCGUGCUCGCCUUUCAAGGACUCGGGAUACUUUACGCCUGGGGGGUCGUACAAGCUCAUCUGGCGGAAAAGAAGUUGGCGAGCCCGAUCUUGCUCAGCGUGAUCGGUGCAACGUCAGCGUUCUGGGUAGCGUUCAGCUGUUUGCCGAUUUCUUGGGCUAUCAGGCGAUAUGGCGAUCGGACCGUGGCCUUGGCGGGUGUCGUCUCUGCGACGACGAGCCUCGCCCUCAGUGGAUUCGCUACCGAUAGCCUAGGCGGCCUGAUAUUCCUGCAAGGGGUCUGCUAUGGUAUAAGUAGCGGCAUGCUAUACCUGCCGGCCUAUACCAUCCCGAGCCAGUAUUUCGACAAGAAGCGCGGCUUGGCGACAGGGAUAGCAUCUUCAGGCGGUGCUCUAGGAGGUGCCUUUUGGUCGCUGCCCGCCGCUUACACGCUACGCUCAAGAGCCUUAGCGACCAGGUCGGGGACGGAAACACCUCUUGCAGACGAAAGGGUCGAACGGAGCAUCUUCCGGAGUUCCCGUUAUAUACGGGUUCUCUUCGCAUCGUUCGUCGCCAGCUAUCCUUUUUUCAUCCCGCCCUUUUUUAUUUCCCAGUAUGCGCGCUCGAUCGGACAGACAGCCGCGCAGGGUGCUCUCUAUUCGGCCCUGUUCAACAUCGCUUCGGGCAUCGGUAGGAUCGCCUUUGGUGUCGUUGCCGACUUUAUGACGGGAAACCUCAAUGCCUGGAUUAUCAGCGUUCUGCUCAUCGUCUUGAGUACUCUCAUCGUAUGGCCCCGGGCUAUGGGAGAAGGUCUUAUCAUACUCCUUGUGGCGAUGUGUGGAAUGGGCUCCGGCGGUUUCUUCUCCCUUCAAUCCAGCAUUGUCUCUCAAAUCCUCGGCAAUCACCGCCUCGGCCAGGGGAUGGGAUGGCUCGAGGUGGCCGAGAGCUUUGGCUACUUUGCAGGUCCUGUUUCGGCGGGAGCACUCUUGCAAGCGUUUGGGGGACCGGGCCAAGGAGCUGCACCGUAUCGCCCGGCCAUGCAGCCUCUCUACUCGUGA